AACAAUGAUGGAAUGGGAUCUUCGAGGAUUCAGUUCGUUUCUACACCGGCCUCAUAUACCGCUAGCACUUUUUUUUGCGAUCCCUUCACUCGUAGGAGAAGUUCAAGGUUCAAGAUAUGGGUGAAAUAGACUGAUGGGAUACAAUCGCGAACAAAUGGGGGAGGCGUUCAAAACGUACAUGGGUCGUCCUGAUGGAAGAUCUGGGACAAAGGCGCAGGUCCGUGCUGUGAACGGAGGAAGAAUUAAAUCAAACCCGUUAUGUGCGGCGCUUCAUGGCUGCUCGCAGUGUUCCGGGCCAUCGGUGAGAAAUCAAGUCAUUUGAGAAAGAAAAAGGAAGGAAACAACGCGGUCACGCAGUCCACAUCAAGUGGCGCAAAUCAGAAAUAGCCCCUAUCCUUCCCACCUCAUUCCGCCAGGGAGACUGAAGACAGCUGCACAGACUAACCUCUUCCCAGAACAAUACUACUAUAUACCCUCCGCUCGCUAUGCCGUUCAUCGGUCGUCGAAGGCGCUCACCCAGCGAGAUUCUGGCGGACAAUCUAUUCCUAUCUACACAACUUCCUCGACGCGUCAGCCGUAUGUCCUUCUGGGCGCGCUUCACUACUAUCCUCGCGGCCAUCUCCCUCAUUGUUUUCCUUUCACACUGCUCCCUAUCUGACCCUACAACUGCACCCUCCACCGCGCUGCUCGUCGACGAUUCGCCACCUGAGUGGAUUCUAGAGAUGAUUGAGACCUACGAAGGCGAGGAUCCCCCUGCCGAGCCUGGCGUGGCGACGAAUGCGAGCGUGGCGGAGGAGAUGAUCCGCUGGGAGCCAACGAUCAUCACCGACCCGGCGCUCGUCGCGUCCGUGCGCAUCGACGCGCUGUUUGCGCAGCAGUCCCGGACGCUCGAGGAGGCCGCGAGCAGAUACACGCUGCGGAACGGCCGCGCGCCGCCACCAGGCUUCGACCAGUGGUUCGCGUACGCGCAGGAGCACCGUUGUCUCGUCGACGAGUACCAGCAGGUGCAGCGCGACUUCGAGCCGUUCUACCAGCUCGCACGGGACGACCCGGCGCACUUUCGCAGGAUGACGGAUCUAGGACGACGCCUGAUGGACCUGGAUCCGAAGGGGAUGGUGACGAUCAAAAUCGAGAACGGGUAUGUGCACAUGCCCAAGUAUCGGGGCUCUGCGUGGGAUGGAGAAUGGCGGCAGACGUUGUCCAAUUUCGCAUAUAUUCUACCCAACAUGACGUUCCUCAUUAACGGACGGGACGAGCCGCGUGUCGUGUUCAACGCGCAGGAUCCUAACAUGCGCAAAGCGGGACUGGCGAUUUCUGACCAGCAACCGUUCCGUAUCGCCCCCGUUCCGACCUCCGACUUUUUCAAGUCUCGCAGUGGAUGUGAUGUUCUCCUGACGGAGAAAGGUUUCGCGAUAGAUGCUUUAGAAGAUGUUGCCUUCAUUAGAUCCAGCUCGACUUCCGACUUCACGACAGACCUCUAUCCGCUUUUGAGCAUGACUAAAGUCCUCUCGCCAUGCUUCGCAGACAUUUUGUUCCCUGGACAAUACUACUACGAAUCAUCCGCCUGGUCUGGCAAGUUCAGCAGCCCGGACAUUGUGCCUUGGGAGGAAAAGAAGUCGCAGCUGUAUUGGCGUGGAUCCUCGAACGGAGGGACGAUCAUCCAUGACAACCACCACAAGUUCACUCGUUUCCGGCUCAUCAAGCUCGCACGGGCGCGACCUGACAUUAUCGACGCACAGAUGAACGGGUGGUAUGCCGAGCACUGCCAGUCCGACUGCGACGCGUCGGCGGUCAUGGCGGAGUACCUCGUCUCUGGAGGGUUCGAUGCCCGGGAGGAUGUGUACAAGUACAAGUACGCGCUCGAUGUGGAUGGAAACACGUUCAGCGGUCGAUACCUCGGGCUCUUGAGGUCUGGAUCGCUGGUCUUCAAGGUCUGGAUCCCUCACGAAUUACCCUUCGUAUGCCAGCUUGAAAACGAAUAGGCCACGGCAUUUGCCGAGUACUUCAACGACUGGCUGCGGCCUUACGAGCACUACAUCCCUGUCAAAAUUGACCUAUCUGAUCUCGUGGAAAAGGUUGAGUGGGCGCGCGCGCAUGAUAAAGAGGCGCGCCAGAUCCAGCAAAAUGGGAUGACGUUUGCGCGGCGGGUCAUCACGGACAGGCAGAACGACUGUUAUUUUGCGGCUGUUUUGCUUGAGUGGGCUCGGUUGCUGGGGUCUGACGAGCAGGAUGAUGUGUGAUUUUAUGCUCUCGUGCUGCGUAUUGACGAGUACUUUAUGUGUUGUGGAUUGUCGUAAUGGAGUGUAAUCGGUCACACAAGUGAUACAUCAGGGAUUAACGCA